AUGGCCGUGGUUGUUGUCGAUCGACGCCACAUACGCUGUCCUGUAGCACAACCUGAAGGCACUUACAUUCCACACAUGUUUGGGACACCAUGGCAGGCUCAGGCUCAGGCUCAGGCUCAGGCUCAGGCUCAGGCUCAGCUUGUAGUGGUUGUUGACGAACCCGCUGUGAGGGAAGUUCCGGCUAAACCACCCUUCAGCGAAUGCGAAAACGGGCUGACAGACAAUACAUCUGGUAGCCUCCCAGUCCCACCAAGUGGACAACGAACGACGCAAGCAUUUGCCAAGUCGAUGAUCCGGUAG